UCACGCCCAUGAGCUUGGGCCGCUCCCGUUAGCUCCCACUCCUCGCAGCAGCUAACCGACCACCCGGCGAAAAAACCUCCUCCCCGCCAAAAACACAAGAUGGAGGACGACGGGCGCUACCGAGACGGGCGCUCCGACUUUGUCCGCGGCGCCAAGGACAUCGCCAAGGUGGCCAAGAAACAGGUGGGCAAGAAGAUGGGCCGCGGCGUGGACAAGAUGACGGACGAGUACACCAAGCGCUCCUACAAGCGCUUCGAGGAGGACGACGACGACGAGGACUACGGCGGCGGCGGCGGCGCGCCGAGCGCCAACAACGACCGCUACUACCGCGACGACAGCCGGGCCAACGGCGACGACGAGGGCCACAGCGACUCCACCGAGGGCCACGACGACGAGGACGAGAUCUACGAGGGCGAGUACCAGGGCAUCCCCAGGGUGGAGUCGGGCAAGGCCGGCGGCGGCGCCGAGGUCCAGGCCCGGCAGUUCAGGGAUCUGUCGGCCUACGAGAGCGAGAGGAGGAAAGACCAGAAGGAGCUGGCGGAGCAGUACGAGACCAUCCUGCAGGAGUGCGGCCACGGGAAGUUCCAGUGGACGCUCUACUUCGUCCUGGGCUUGGCGCUGAUGGCGGACGGCGUGGAGAUCUUCGUGGUCGGCUUCGUGCUGCCCAGCGCGGAGAAGGACAUGUGUCUAUCGGAGCCCAACAAGGGCAUGCUGGGUCUGAUCGUGUACCUGGGCAUGAUGGUGGGGGCCUUCGUGUGGGGCUGCCUGGCCGACCGGAUCGGCCGCCGGCAGACGCUCCUCAUCUCGCUGUCCAUCAACAGCGUGUUCGCCUUCUUCUCCUCCUUCGUCCAGGGAUACGUCUCCUUCCUGUUCUGCCGCCUGGCCUCCGGCGUGGGCAUCGGCGGCUCCAUCCCCAUCGUGUUCUCCUACUACUCUGAGUUCCUGGCCCAGGAGAAGCGAGGAGAGCACCUGAGCUGGCUCUGCAUGUUCUGGAUGAUCGGAGGCAUCUACGCGUCGGCCAUGGCCUGGGCCAUCAUCCCCCACUACGGAUGGAGUUUCCAGAUGGGCUCGGCCUACCAGUUCCACAGCUGGCGUGUGUUUGUGAUAGUGUGUGCGUUGCCCUCUGUGGCGGCCAUCUCCGCCCUCACCUUGAUGCCCGAGAGCCCGCGCUUCUUCCUGGAGAAUGGGAAGCACGACGAGGCGUGGAUGAUCCUGAAGCAGGUGCACGACACCAACAUGAGGGCCAAGGGCUACCCGGAGAGGGUCUUCUCUGUGACCACCAUCAAGACGGUGAAGCAGAUGGACGACCUGGUGAACUUAGGUGACGGCGCCGCCUGGCACGAGAAGUGGAAAAUCAAGCUCACCACGCUGUUCCGUCAGGUGUGGCAUAACUUCCAGGCCAUCUUCUCCCCUGAGUACCGCCGCACCACCUUCAUGAUGAUGGCCGUGUGGUUCUCCAUGUCCUUCAGCUACUACGGCCUCACCGUGUGGUUCCCCGACAUGAUCAAGUACCUGCAGAUGCAGGACUACGCCUCACGCACCAAGGUGUUCGCCAAUGAGAAGGUCGAACACGUGACCUUCAACUUCACGCUGGAAAACCAGGUCCACCGGCAGGGAGAGUACUUCAACGACAAGUUCAUGAACCUGAAGAUGAGAUCCAUGGUGUUUGAGGACUCGCUGUUCGAGGAGUGUUACUUUGAAGACAUCACCUCCAGCAACACCUUCUUCAAGAACUGCACCUUCAUCGCCACCCUCUUCUACAACACAGAUCUCUUCAAGGACAGGCUGGUGAACUGCAAGCUGCUCAACAGCACCUUCCUGCACAACAAGGAGGGCUGCCUGCUGAGCGACUUCAGCGACGAGAACGACGCCUACAUGGUCUACUUCGUCAGCUUCCUGGGCACCUUGGCCGUGCUGCCGGGCAACAUCGUGUCGGCGCUGCUCAUGGACAAGAUCGGACGGCUGAGGAUGCUCGCGGGCUCCAGCGUGAUCUCGUGCGUCAGCUGCUUCUUCCUGUCUUUCGGCAACAGCGAGUCGGCCAUGAUCGCGCUGCUCUGCCUGUUCGGGGGCAUCAGCAUCGCCUCGUGGAACGCCCUGGACGUGCUGACCGUGGAGCUCUACCCCUCUGACAAGAGGACCACGGCGUUCGGCUUCCUCAACGCCCUCUGUAAACUAGCGGCCGUCUUAGGCAUAAGCAUCUUCACCUCCUUCGUGGGCAUCACCAAGGCCGUGCCCAUCCUCUUUGCCUCGGGGGCGCUGGCGGUCGGCAGCUUCCUGGCCCUCAAACUACCGGAGACCCGGGGUCAGGUGCUGAAAUAAUGUGGUGAACAACAACUUUACAGAGAAGAGGGGGGGUAGAGGAGUUUUCACCACACUGUGAACCAACAGCUCAAGAGCCCUCCACAUCCUUCCCUCUACCCCCCCCCCCCCCCCUCUCUCUCUCUCUCAUAACGAUAGAGCAAAUCGCAGAAGAGCGACGCAGGUCUGCUGUACAUAUUUGUGAUUGGUUGAUCAUUAGAUAUGCCUGAUUUAAAGGUCGAGACAAAAAGUGAGUAACAAAAAGAGAUUAACAUCGGUGAGUUCAUCCCCCUGGAAUAUGAUAGUACUUAGAGGCCCCCCCCCCCCUCUAAUAUAAGUAGAUACACCUGGGGUCGGAGGUCAGGGAUGGGGCGGUUCUUGAUAAUGAGCCAUGCAAAUAGACUUAUACAAAUAACCACUAGCCAUUGUUGCAGAGUUAUCUGUAGUCACCUUUUUAUUCUUCUGAGCGAAGUCAACUCAGCCACCAGGUCUUGAGUACUUUGCCAUCGUUGGACGUAGAAAAUAAAAAAACGAGACAUUUUAUGCUUUGAUUUAAAGCAUUGUUUGCCUUUUUGCAGGGUAAAAAAAAGACGACAAAGACCCGUCCUCCUUCUUUACCUCCUGAGGGUCUCGCGUCGGUGUUCGGACUAACUGCCAUUUUAUAGAUGAUAGAACAUUCCAGGUUUGCUUUUGCUCUUACGAGGAGAUCAGUCGAGCCCCGUCUCCCCGCGUUGGUUUUUUUCUUUCUUUACCGAUCUCCUCCAAAAAGCAGCGAGAUCCUUCCAACCCCUUUACGGACGCGUUCCCCACGCCGAGUGGACGUCGCGUGCAGCAUGGUCACCAUCUCCACGCGAGGAUUAGGCAUUGUAUUCCAUUUAAAGCACAACCACGUGUCAGUGUGGACGCCCCCUGACAUUUUCUUGAUGAAAAUGUUCAGAAUCUCACACGUUCUCCAAUCAUACCGUAUAUAUAGAUAUAUAUAUAUAUCCCUUUGUAAGAAAUGCCUUUUUAGUACGUCUCCUCCCAGGCUGACAGUCUGUUCGUCUCCUAUGAUAUAUGUUCGGAGGGUGUUAUGCAUGUCACAAAGUACGUAUGUACAUUUAUGAAACCUGAGAGCGAGGGACAAGUUCGCUCAUCCAUUCGUCUUCAAGUCCCCGUAAAACACUUUACAGUGCUUUCUAUUAUACACCGAUCAAACUCAGAGCACACUCCAUGGGACGGUCUCCAGACGACAGGGUCCCUUUAAUACCUAAAAAUCACACCCACGCGUGGAGGAAACCCAAAAAGAUUAAAAAGAGUCUUCUUCGGUGCAGGCGUGUGAGCGACGGAUAAACUAUAAUAUAAUCGUGUGAACUGAAUGUUUAUAUUAACGUGAGCGUGCUUCUUAGUGCAAUAUUGAACCUCUGUGCAAUAUUGGGAUUUUUAUUUUGUCUUUUCUCCAUUUCAUAUUUGGCAAGCACUAUUCGGAUUUCUGAACGUGAGUGAGGGUGGAUGUCUUUUUUAUUGAUAACCGAACACAUGCAGGACUUUUAUUUAUUAUUUAUUUUGGGCUCUCGGAUGAAGACAGGCGGAUACGUUUAGGUUUUUUGCAUCAGACUUGAAAAAUUGUUAAAAGUUACUGCACCCAAAGUAUAGAGUUGUUCUAUUUUAAAAGAUAUUGGGGAACAUGACGCGUUGAACGGUGAGGAUUAAUUGGAGUUGUGUUUACGAGUGUUUUAUUAUACAAAUGUAUACAACACGAGAUCACACCGGAGAGCUGAUGGUCAAAUAUUCCAACAGCGCCACGGUGGUAACAGCGCCACAGUCGUAACAGCGCCACGGUGGUAACAGCGCCACAGUCGUAACAGCGCCACAGUGGUAACAGCGCCACAGUCGUAACAGCGCCACAGUGGUAACAGCGCCAUGGUGGUAACAGCGCCAUGGUGGUAACAGCGCCACAGUCGUAACAGCGCCACAGUGGUAACAGCGCCACGGUGGUAACAGCGCCACAGUCGUAACAGCGCCACAGUGGUAACAGCGCCAUGGUGGUAACAGCGCCAUGGUGGUAACAGUGCUACGGUUGUAAAAGCGCCACACUUGUAACAGUGCCACGGUGGUAACAGCGCCACACUUGUAACAGCGCCACGGUGGUAACAGCGCCACAGUCAUAACAGCGCCACGGUGGUAACAGCGCCACAGUCGUAACAGCACCACAGUGAUAACAGCGCCAUGGUGAUAACAGUGCCAUGGUGAUAACAGCGCUACGGUUGUAAAAGCGCCACACUUGUAACAGUGCCACACUUGUAACAGUGCCACGGUGGUAACAGCGCCACACUUGUAUCAGCGCCACACUUGUAACAGUGCCACGGUGGUAACAGCGCCACACUUGUAACAGUGCCACACUUGUAACAGUGCCACGGUGGUAUCAGCGCCACACUUGUAACAGCGCCACGGUGGUAACAGCACUACGGUUGUA